AUGUCAUUCAACGUAAAGCGACAGUUGUUCGCACGCAGCGAGCGUGUGAAGGGCAUCGACUUCCACCCGCAAGAACCAUGGAUUCUGACAACACUGUAUAGCGGUCAUGUCUACAUAUGGUCCUACGAAACGCAGCAGAUCGUCAAGACCUUCGAGCUAACCGAUGUCCCCGUCCGAGCUGGCCGGUUCGUCGCGAGGAAGAACUGGAUCGUCUGCGGUUCCGACGACUUCCAACUCAGAGUCUACAACUAUAAUACGUCCGAGAAAGUUGCCGCGUUCGAAGCCCACCCCGAUUAUAUCAGGGCCAUUGCAGUGCACCCGACCCAGCCCUUCGUUCUCACCGCGAGUGACGACAUGACCAUCAAGCUCUGGGAUUGGGAGCGAGGUUGGAAAUGCGUACAAGUCUUCGAGGGCCACAGUCACUAUGUCAUGGGCCUUGCCAUUAACCCGAAAGAUACGAACACAUUUGCUUCUGCAUGCUUGGACCGGACAGUCAAGAUUUGGUCGUUGGGUUCAUCGACGGCAAACUUCACCCUCGAAGCCCACGAAACCAAGGGCGUGAACCAUGUCGACUACUACCCACACUCCGACAAGCCGUACCUGCUCACGACGAGUGACGAUAGAACAGUGAAGAUCUGGGACUACACGACAAAGAGCUUGAUAGCCAGCCUCGAGGGUCACACUAACAAUGUCUCUUUCGCCUGCUACCACCCUGAACUGCCUAUCAUCAUCUCAGGUUCCGAGGAUGGCACCAUUCGAAUGUGGCAUGCCAACACCUACCGCUUUGAGCAGUCCCUCAACUACGGUCUCGAGCGGUGUUGGUGUGUGUCAUAUCAACGCGGCAAGCAAGGAGUUGCCGUCGGGUUUGACGAUGGUGCUGUGGUGGUCAAGUUGGGUCGCGAAGAGCCCGCCGUGUCCAUGGACGGCUCCGGCAAACUGAUCUGGGCCCGGCAUAACGAAGUCGUAUCGUCAAUCAUCAAGGGUGGCGAUCCGUCCAUCAAGGACAAUGUCCAAAUCACUCUCACCACGAAAGACCUCGGCACCUGCGAAGUAUAUCCCCAAACACUCCUUCACUCACCCAACGGUCGAUUUGUUGCGGUCUGCGGUGAUGGAGAAUACAUCAUAUAUACCGCGUUAGCAUGGCGCAACAAGGCUUUUGGCUCUGCUUUGGACUUCGUAUGGGCUUCAAAGGAGAACAGCAACGACUUCGCUAUUCGCGAAUCUUCUACUAGUGUCAAACUCUACAAGAACUUCGUUGAGAAGACCGGUGGGCUGGACAUCCCCUUCCAAGUCGAUGGCUUGACGGGUGGUAUUUUACUUGGUGUAAAGGGCCAGGGCGGUGUAUCCUUCUACGACUGGGCGAGCGGUAGUCUUGUCAGACGGAUCGAGGUGGAUCCGAGACAAGUCUACUGGUCUGACAGUGGCGAGUUGGUAGCUCUGGCUUGUGAAGAUACAUUUUAUGUCCUGAGGUUCUCCCGUGAGAACUACAUCGAAGCUACCCAGGCGGGAGAAGUCGAUGAGGACGGAGUUGAGGCCGCUUUCGAGGUCAUCACUGAUAUUGCUGAGAGUGUACGAACGGGAGAAUGGGUCGGUGACUGCUUCAUCUACACCAACAGCACAAACCGGCUGAACUACCUGGUCGGUGACCAAACCUAUACCGUAUCUCACUUUGACCAGCCUAUGUACUCUCUUGGCUACAUCCAGAGGGAUUCGCGGAUAUACCUGGCUGACAAAGAUGUGAACAUCACGUCUUUCGCCCUGUCUCUUCCUGUUCUCGAAUACCAGACUCUCGUAUUGCGAGGUGACAUGGAGACUGCGGCCGAGUUGCUGCCCAGCAUCCCGGCUGACCAGCUCAACAAGAUUGCGAGGUUCCUCGAGGGACAAGGACACAAGGAGUUGGCCCUUGAAGUCGCCACCGAUCCCGAGCACAAGUUCGAGCUGGCGCUUGCGUUGAACCAGCUUGACAUCGCUCUGGACCUCGCGCGGCAAGCGGACAUUGACCACAAGUGGAAGACUGUGGGUGACGCAGCACUAGCAGGAUGGGAUGUUGCUCUUGCGACAGAAUGCUUUACCCACGCGUGUGAUCUGGGUUCAUUACUCCUGAUCUACUCCAGCACGUCAGACCAGGAAGGGCUGAAAGCGCUGGCAACCCAGGCUCAGGAGUCUGCCGCCCACAAUGUCGCCUUCACGUGCAAUUGGUUACUAGGUGACACUGCAGGCUGUGUGGAUAUACUUACCAAGACCAACAGACUGGCCGAGGCGGUCAUGUUCUCUCAGACAUACAAGCCAAGCUUGACGGGCGAAGCGGUCAAGGGCUGGAAGGAUAGCUUGGAGAAGAGCAAGAAGGGACGCGUAGCCAAGAUGAUCGGCGUUCCAACAGAGGACGACGAGCUUUUCCCAGAGUGGGAGGAGUGGCUACGGUUGGAGCAAGAUGGCGGUGCUGAUGACGGAGCUCCAGACGGCGGCGCAGGUGCAGAGGUCGAGGCUGAGCCCGAGGCCGAUCCCGAGCCCGAGACGGAAGAGGAGUAG